GAAUGGCGAGUACUGGUAUUUGGUGUUGUGUUGUAUGAUGGAAACCAUGGUAAGAAGCGUAGCAAAGGAGCGUAUUAGACACUAGGCUUCGGCCGUCAAAUCAUAAAAGAUGCUGCAGCGGUGGCAUCUGUUUGAGGUAUGGGGUGGUGUGAUGGUUUGUGUUGUUUGUGCGUAUACAAAAGUCCGCGGUGGGUAUCAAAGGUCGCAAAUGAGAACUGAAGAUCGUGCCGAUUCCGGGGGGAGGGGGGCAUUGUCAUGGCGGCGUUACGGUUUCUCUGGAGAGGUGUUGAUGAGUGUGCUCGACCCUGAAGACUUCAUGCCUGGUGUUCGCAUGUAAGACGGUCGUGGUAUCGAGGUCUUCUUCUUAGCUUUCGAUGGUUUAGACGAUGUCAGUGCUGAGGAAACGUCUGCACGAGGUCCGUCAUAACCGAAUCGAGUCG